AUGGCUGGCGGCUCCAUGCAGCGCGCCGCUCGACAGUCUCGCGGCCGCAGCGGCGGGCGGGCCGGUGGCGGAGGUGGCGAAGGCGCGUCCGGUUCUCUCGGCGACCGCGGGUGUAGCGACACUGAAGAAGAACGUUUCUGGAUUGAGAAGGACGUCGAGUUCUUCAGCGCCAUCAACCCUCGACUAUUGGCGCUUCUCCACCACCACAAACAAAGCAGCGAGGCCUUCCUCUCAGCGGUUCUGCCGUAUCUGCGGUCCCGGAGUCGAAAGGAUGCAGCCGACGCCGCAGGCCCCAGCCCCCGAAGUGAAGCCGCUCAGGCGUUUGCGCUCAGAGUGCCCGUGAGGGACUUCUUGCGGCAGGACUGGACGGGCGGCGAAAUUGGGGGCUCUGUGCUGUCUGGGUCUAGCGCCGAGGAGAGAAGAGACAGAAGAAGAGAGGAGAUAAUCGAGAGAGACAGCGAUCCUCCCAAGCGCGUCGCAUCGUCUCCUCCAUGCCGCAGUCGAUCUGUGGAAGAAAACCUCACAGAACGAGCCGCCUUCUCCCGCGAUGGCCGCUCCAUUUGCUCGAAAGAUCCUCAGGGAGCCAGGGAGGAGGUGUCGCCCUCCUGUGAUUCUCUGUCUUCGCCUGUGCGCCGGAGCUCAUCUGCCUCCUGUCUCGGGAUAUCGCAACCGGUCUCGUCUGAAGCGGGCAGUGAAGCUGGUUCUUCCUCCGUUUUCGCGUCGGGUGCGACGGCGGUGGCAGCUGGCUUCGCUAGGACUGUACCGACUUCCUCUGGGAAAGGCGCCGCGUCGGAAGGGGGAGAGAAUAGUCCACGCAGUGAAGGAGGCAACUCUGUUUCGUCGCGUGUCUGUUCGUCGCAGGGCUCCGCUCCCGCGCCAGUCGUCGGUUGCCAGGCACACCCGGCGCCCAGCAGGCUCUCGCAGGUCUGGCCGCACCACACAGGGAAGAUUCUCUUAGAGCGGCCGUCGUACUCGGGGGAGACAGGACGCAUCAUCCGGCACAUGUGGCCAGCGACUUUACUAGCGGAUGUGGAGCCCAGUGCGCUUUGCCCCCCGCCCCUUUUGCGGUCGAAGAAGGCCGCAGCCGACCCGAAAAAGAAGGAGGACUCGCGCGCGUAUGUGCGAACAGGUGUCGAGAAGAAGAAUCUCGAAGAGAGCUCUCGCCUCUCCUGUGGGACUGAGGAGACUGAAGCCCGGGGAGAAAGUCAAAAAAGGAGCCCAGAUGGGGGACGGAGUUCACAGCCGCACUCUUCCUCUGUCUCUGCGGACUUGAAGGAAACAAACAGAGAGACAGCGGAGUCUCAGGCAGAUGGCUCAAAAACGGAUGCAGGUCUUGGUCUCUGCUCACCCUGGAGCGAAGAAACAGGGAAAACAGAGGAAGAGAAGAAAGACUUCGAGAGUCAACCGUGUGGAGACGCAGGUGGGGGGAGAAAGGAUGGAGAGGAGGACCGAGGGGGGGAAGAGACACCGCAGAGGUCCUCAGGGGCCGUGAAAGAAGAGACAAACGCCUCUGGAGAAGGCAGACUCCCCAGCGGGCCUCAGUCCCCAUCGAAGCACUUAGACCAGCCCGGCAGCGCGGCUUGGGAGUCUUCAAACCCCAGGAUUCUGAAUGGCGAGACAGGAUCUCGAGACGGGGAAGAUUCGAGUUCUUCCUGCCCUGAAGUGGGUACUCAAGGACCGAGACCCACGAGUCGGCGCAGCUCCGUGGAAGGCAGGGAGCGGAGGUCCGCUGGGCUUCGCGCCGCGAGCGAUGAUAAGACAGAGAAGAGCGAGGACAGCCGUGAGAAGGAGAAAGACCUCGGCGCACCUCAGCCUUCAAAAGAUUCUCAAGAGGGACAAGCGGCUAGCGUCGAGGCCACCCUCCAAAACACCCGGACUGGAGCGCCUUCUCGCGCGGUCCCCACCACGGUGCUGUCUGGAGUGAAGCGCGAGCUUGAGCAAGACGGAGACACCCAGGGGCCGAGAUGCGGGGCACGGUCGCCUUGUCGGGCGUCGGCGACGAGCCCGAGGGACGAGCCGAUGUCUCGUCCGGCGGGGCAGACUUCGUCGGAGAAGUGGAAGCGCGAGGAGGCGUUUUGCCUCCAAGUCAGCCAAAACCGGAGCAUUUUCUCGCUGGUACCCGGCGCGAACGACCCGGCGCUCCUCGCCUCGCUUCAUGAGCACCAACUGCAUGCGCACUUGAAGUACCAGUCCCGAGACUUGUCGGUCUUCUCCCACUCUGGCGACUUCAAGCGCAGAGCGGCGUCUGCUCGGGGGGUCUCGCGUCGCAGCGGAGGCCGCCGCGGGACCCGGUUGGCAGCCGGCUUCGACUGCGAGGAGACCGCAGAGGGCGACUUCUCCAGCGGCUCCCUCGCGUCCUCGACGCCUUCGAGUCCGGCGGCGCGGGCGGCCGGCGCCCGCGAGCGGGAGAGAAACCGGCGCGGCAGCGACUCGGACUUCACACCCUCACGCUCAGAGAAAGGAGACGCGCGGGGCGACAGACCCGCGGCUGCGAGGCGGCGAGACGGCGUAUCCGGCACCGUGCACCAGAAGGCCGGCUCUGGGUCUCCAGGCCCUUCGCGCGCCGGCAGGGAGGAGGUUCGGGCCGGCGGCCGGACCCCCAGCGGCGAGAGAGAGCCGGCCCAGAGAAGCAGUUCCGUGGGGCGCGAGGCGAAAGCGGUGGUGGAGGGCGGCGAAGAGGACCCUGACGAAGCGGGAGCAGACGACUUGUUUGUCCCGACCGUCCACAAAAAGUGGAACGGCUCGAUGCGCUUGCCGGCCUUCCCCACCUGCAGGCCACCGGACGCAUUCGUCCUCAGUAUGUUCGUCCCUCCCAAUGUGAGUCCUGCAGAUUUUCCUGAGGACACAAACGCCCAGGGCGAUGUCUCCGCCUUCCUUGCGGUCGUCAUGGAGGCGGCAACGACAACUGCCUCCGACUGGGACGCGCAUGCAAAUACGUUCACUCCACAUGACGGCUAUAACCUAGCCGAGAAGCCUGGGGACUGUGGGCCCGUGAGGGCCCUCGGCAAGGUGGCCGCGGAGCGACUUGGCGCCGAGAGGAACAGGGGGACCGAGGGGCUCGGUCUCGUGAGCCGAGAAGCGUGUAGGGGGCAUUUGCUCACCACCGCUGGGAGUUGUGACAUGCAGGAAACCAGCCGAGUGGGAUCCGGCGACUCGGUGGCGCAGGUGGAGGCGGAGAGAAGAGCGCAGCUGGAGAGAAGCUUUGCAUGCGAAGGGAGUGAGGCCCGUCCGGGGCAUGCGCGGCCAGUGGCCACAGAGCACCCCAGCGCUUCGCACCGACGAGAUCUUUCCAAGGACGGGGGUCUGGUGAAGACCCCUGGAGGCGGCAGGCGACGAAGAAGAUCGAGUUCCACAGGGUCUGGAGGAGAGCGAACGAACAGCGGGAAUCGCCGCCGAUUGAAGGACGAGAAGAAACGCUCUUCGGGCACCGGCGCGCCUGUCUCCCCACAGCCGAGAAGCAGCUCGGGCCGCUUCAUGAGCCGACAGUCUCUCACAGAGGUGUCUCCGGCCGCUCCGACCUCGAGCAAACCCCGGGCCUCUGUGUCGCCCUCGUCCUCGCUUGCCUUGGUUUCGGCCUCGCCGCGAAAGCGACCGCGGCGACGUCUGCCGCUCCCGACCGUCCUCUCUGGACCUCUGCCGGCGUGGAUCGACUGCUCGGAGAGGUUCCCGGGGCCAGCGCCGAUCGUUCAUGGCCCUAGAGGGCCCUCCGGUCCAUUCAAUGCUGGUCUCUCUUUCUCUGCGUCACAUGGGUCCUGUGGCGGGCAGGCCUCGGGGCUCGGCAUGCCUGGCCCGUGCUGGGGGCGGCCGGUUUGGCCCGAGACAGGUGCGCCGUUUCACAUUUCCGGGGACGAGGAUCCAGGGAGAGCCGGAAUGAACGGAAAGAGGGCCCUUGACAAAGGCUCCGAGACGCGUGGAGGCAAAGCGAGUGAUGAGAAAAGGGAGCAAAGCCAGGCAGAGUCUGAAGCUCGUCUGCCUUCGUCUUCCACCACAAACGCUUCGCCUCCGAAGCACGACCCUCCAUGCUCGUCUUCCCCUCCGCCAGCAGAGCGGACUGGCCCGCGUCUCGAAGCGGAAGGCAUGAGGUCUUCGCACGCGUUGUUCCCUCCUGGACAGAGCUACGGCGGACUGAGUCCAGGCACUCAGGCUUCGGGGUGUUCGCCUUCCCCAGGGGCGUUAUUCUCAAGGGCGUCACCUGCGGGACCCUCAUCCCCUGGGAGUACCUCCUCCGGAGUCCACCCGUCUCAGUCGUUCGCUUCCCCACCUUCAUCUUGUCCGCCGUUCGCCUUCUCGGGGACAGGGCCGGCCGCCCCGUACCUCGCGUCUGGGUGCCACCCGUGCUCCUUCUCCGUCAGGCCGCCUGCCUGUGGCGCAGCCGCUGCCUUCUCUCCAGCUUCUCCCUACGCUCCCUGUCGCCCGUGUGCGUAUCUUCCUCAGGACGCUUCAUCGGGGCCGCCCCCGCAGAUCAGUGGGUCCGCGUAUCCGGGCGCCGCCCUCUUGUCGCCUCCAUCGUCUGCGCCUCCAGGCCCGGUUUGUGCGGGGCCUGUCUCCGAGGCCUUCUCGUCUAUGCGGCAUUCCUUCCCUGCUGCCUGUUGCCCUCCUCAUCCUUGUCCUCCGUUUUCGUCAUGUCCUCCUGGGCAUCCUCAGUUCUGUGCGCCAGGCAAUCCUUUUAGCUCAUACCCUUCGGAGAUGUCUCCAUUUCCAGAACUGCAGCGCUUCUCUUCUGCGCCGCCUCCUCCCUGUACUUCCUUUAACUGUCCACCACCGUAUCCUCCCCCCGCAUGCUUCCCGCCUGCUCCUGAGUCUUCGUCUUCCUCUGUCUCUUCUGCUGACUUUGUCGCGUCUUUCUCUUCUUCUCCAGGGCCUUGCCGCCGAGCGUCUUCCGCCUUCUCGGGGAGUACUUCUUCGGAGAAAUCGGAGGAACCCCCUGGAGUUUCUUCGUGUCAGAACCUCGGGAGCGAUGCGACGCAUCCUCCUUGUUUUUCUGGGCCGACAUAUCCAGUCUUGGGAGGCCCUGUAGACACAGCCUUCUGUCGCCCGCCACCGUCUACGGCUCCUCCUGGGUCGGUUCCGUUCGCCGCCUUUCCUCCGUUCCCCUGUCCCCCGCUUCUGGGCCUGGGGCCCGUGGCCGAGUUUGAGGACCGAGGCCCAGUGCUGCGGAGCUUCCCUUUUGGUCCGGCUUCGUCCCCAGCCUAUCUGACUUUAUCUCUCUUUCCGCGGCCCUCGCUCCCUGCCUUUCCCGGCUCCUCUGCCCCCUUCGAGCCAGUGUCUCGUUGCUCAUCGUUCUUGCCUCGUGGGGAACUCCAGACUGUCUCUUCCUCUCCUCCUGAGUCCGUGGCUUCGUGUCUCCCAACGCCGCCUCCGGAGAUUUUGGUUCCGCCGUUCUUUGGGGCAGGGUCGUCUCUGAAGCCUUUUCCUCCACCGUGUUGUCUGUACCCUCCGGAGAUGGCUGAGAACUUCCGCUACAGCGAGAAAAGGAAGAUGAUGGUGCCCUCUGGAGUGCGCCUCGAGCUUCUUCGCGCUCAGAUGACGCGCGUCGACGGCCUCCACACGUUCUACGCGAACGUGGAGACGGGGAAGCGCUUUUUCGGAGAGCGAAGCUUCUUUGAAAUUGCGAAGGAGAACGCGCGACGUCAUGACGCGGGCCUCCAGCCUCUCUCCCUCUCGCCGCUAACUUCGAACUCCGCAACGGCCUUCUUCAUGUCUGUCGCCCCGGAGACUGAGAUCCCGCCAUCGGGCUCCCCUAAUGGCCCACACACAGCGCCGAAGAAGACCAAGGCGACGAAGGAGGACAGCGAGCGAGAGGAGCGGGAGAAACGCGAGCGCGAGGAGCGGGAGAAGCGCGAGCGAGACGAAGAGAGAGGUCGCAGAGACCUCGAAGAAAAGAUCCGCAUCCACAUGUACAGCAGGCACAUGGUGCCGGCAGGCUCUCCGCAUUUAUCUGGCGCUCACCGAUUGAUACCACUGCCGUGGGGGAAGCGCGACGCAAGCAGGUCGUCUCCACAGGAACUGGAGAUCAGGGCGCGAGACGGCGACUGCUUGCAUGCGUCGACUGGGGCCUCUGCCGGCGUUGGGGGGCCCCAGGAAAAGAAGGGGAAGACAGAAGAUGCACAAGGCGAGCAACUCGUGUCGCUCGAAACUGCGGCGGAGCCCGAGACGCAGGAGAAGAAGGAGACAAAAGCUCGCGGAGUGGCCGGCGUCGGCCCCUCUGCCCAGUCAGCAGAGACGGCGUCGCCUGCACCCGAGGCUGCAUGUGACGGGCAGUCUGCGGAGGUGAGUCCAAGAGGAGACAGCGCUGCGGGGCGCGCGGAGACUGGGCCUGCGUGUGGGGUGACCGGAGAGAGGAGGGAGGUGGACAGAGAGAGCGCGCAGGACGAAGGAAAAGAGACAGAAGUCAAGACGGAAGGUCCAGAGGGAGCGUGCGAGACCGAGGAGUUCACAGGCUGUGUCUCAGUGGAAGAAGGCGAGGGAUGUGGAGUCAAGGAAAUCACGGAGAAGGCGAAAGAAGGCUGCGCUUCAGACACCGCGAAUGGAGGAACGAGGAGAGAACUGAGCGAAAAAGAGCCAGGGCGAGAUAAAGACCGUGUCGGGAUGCAUACACCGUUUUCGAGCGAAGGAGGCGAGAAGGAGAACAGAGAGGAGAACGGAGACGACCGCGAGAGUGCGGACCCAUUUUCUUUGAAAGAGUUCAACAAGCAUCGCCAGACGAGCAAGCCAGUCGGCGACGUCGCAGAACCGGAUCGUGUUAGGGAGGAAAAUGCUUGUCCGAGAGAACAAGCAGAGAGCGAGGCAAUGGACGUGGACGGCCCUGAGGCUCGAGGAGAAUUGCCUGAGGGAAGAAAGGACUUCGAAGUGCUUUCUUCGAGAAACGCGACUGAGACCGCAGACUUCGACACGAGACAGAACGAGAAGCAGAAGGCGAAAGGAACGCUGGUGACAUCGACGUCCUUCGGGACUGAGGUCGAGAACCUACUCUGGCGCUUCUCAGCUUUGAUGGAUGAAAAACGCGCAAUGUGCUCGCGCCUCCUGAUGUCCAUUGAGCGCGAGAAGCGACCCGACUGGCGGGCCUGGGCGGAAGUCGAGGAUCGCAUGCUUCGGCACUACAUAGAACAGAGUGCGAAGUCGAGUCUGGACACACGGCACACAUACACCUUGACUCAGCAGUCGCGAGACAUUCUGCGCCUGCGGGUGAGCUGCUCGUCGAGUGGGCGCUUGCCUCCAGAGUGGGCUGAGCGGGCCUUGUGCACCGUUUGCGGGAGCGGCGAGGACUGGGACGAAGACCCAAUCAUGUUCUGCGACGGCUGCUACCAGCCGGUGCACUUCCUCUGCCUGGGGCACAAGGCCGUGAGCAGCUACGAGGAGUUCGUGAAGGCCUCGACGACGCGGCGCCAGCGCCGCGUGGCGCAAGCUGGCGGGGACCAGGGCCUCGCGCCCGCGACUGCGCGCGAGCGGGGCAGCGGCCCGAAGCGCGACAAGAAAAAGGCGGCGGAGCGAGCUAAGGAGGAGAAGAAGAAGGGCCGGGGGGGCACAGGCGACCUGCUGGCCUCUGGCGCGUUUGGCGCCCCUGCGCUGGGUGCAGGUUCUGGAGACGCGCCUGGGGCCUCGCGCCCAGCAGAGGGCGACCCGUCGGGGCCGGGUGCGAGUCCUGGAGACACAGGCCACAACACCCGCCGGCCUGUGUGCGGAGCGGGAGGCUUCGCCUUCAGAGAAGACGAAGAAGAAUGGCUCUGCCCAGUGUGCGAGUGGCUGCGGAAGCAGCUUCCCCAGCUGGACGACGAGCUGGCGCUGGCGGCAAUUCGCCUGGCGGCGGGUCCUCGCUCGCACAGCGAGGCCGCGGAGUGCCGCGGGAGCUACGUCGGCUGGCACUUUGAACGCCUCGAACACUUUGACUCGUGGGUGAAGCCCCAGCUUCUCGCGCUUCAGUACGGCGACGGUCGCCGACGAAAAGGCAAGGGCCGCCUGCAGGUGGACGUCGGGGCGCCUCAAGGCUCCCGGAAGGACACCCGCCAAGGGCGGAAGGUCGCGACCGGACUUGGCUUACCUUCCGGCGACGCCGACAGCGUGAGCACGCUGCAGGCGCACAGCGCGUACUCGGUUCAGGAACUGCUCGCAUGGCCUGCGGUCCGAGUCGUCGCGGACGCCGGCUGCCUGGGUCCGAAUGCUCAGAGCAGUCGGAGCAGCACGAGCCGCGGGAGCGCGGCCCGCGGGCCUGGGACGGCUGGAGAAACUGGGGGAGUUGCAGGCUCGGGGGGCGACGGCUCGGGCGUCUUCAGAGCCGAGAAGGACGAAGAAGACCGCGGUCUCAAGAAGCCGGAGCUGGACGAGAGUGGAGGCCGGCCGUCGAUCCGCGGCGCUGGCCCGAAGCCGUGCAUUUCUUCGCUCGCCCAAACGAUGUUGGGCGCGCGGACUUUGCCUGUGUGGGCCACAGACGAAGAGACAGGAAAGCAGUCGUGCAGCCGGGAAGGUUCGGUUGCAGGCUCGAAAGGCGGGAGACUGGCCGCGGACGGGCGGCGCCUCGGAGGCGGGGAACGCGCGGGAGACAGGUGCGUGGAGCCUGAGGAGGACGACGCGCGGAGGGCCAAGGGCGACGGAGACUUCAGUCGAGACGCUUGGACGCGAGGCUUUCGGUCUGGGUCCGAGACGGGCAUGGGGACGUCGGGCAAAGGCGCACGCGAGAAACACCCUGUCUCUCUGGUGGCGCCUGAGGAUGCUACUCCCGCGACGGACUAUAUUCGGAGAGUGCCCUACGCGUUUUCCGACUCCUCGGGGGACGAGGGCCCUUCUGGGAAGGACGGAGACACGCCGUUUUUCUUCUGUCAGUAUACUGCAGGCAGUCCGACGGCUUCGAGUCCGUCGAGCGCUGCACACCGCACUCCGAGUCAAGAGGACGACAGCCAAGGGGGUCUUUUUUCAGGCUCCGCCUUCUCGCCUUCCUCUGCGAGCAUGCGCAGCGGCGCUCACGCCUCUGGCGGCUUUUCGCCGAACAGCGCGGAACCGGGGGCGAGUCUGACGAGCAAACACUACUGCAGCAAAGAUCCGAGAAGAAGAUGCGUCGUCCGAGUUUUUCCUGUGCCGGGCCUCAGCGUCGUUCUUCGAGUUCCCGUCUGUGCUCUGUGCGGCUACGACGCCUUUUGCCGUGGCGGCGGACCUGCUAGGAAGACUGAGAAGAAAGGCGUCUGGGCGCAUCUCAGGUGCGCGUUGAGUCUGAACGCGACAGUCAUGGACCGCGUGAGCUACGAGGCGGACGAGUCGCGCAGCAGACUUCGCUGCCUCUUCUGCCACCACCAGGGCCCGGCGCCCGGCCACUGCGGCCAUGCCGGAUGUCAAAGGACGUACCAUGUCAGCUGCGCGACGGCGACACCCGGCUGCAUGGUCGACUGGGACAUGGGGCGCCCGGUCAUUUUCUGCAGUCAGCAUGCGAAAAAUAAAGCCCCCACUCUGAUUCUGCGAAAGUUUCAGGCGAACCGCGAGCGAGAAGCAGUGAAACGCCGGGAAGAAGACUUGCCCGGAGAGUGGAAGAUUGGAGUUGGGAAGGGGCGCUUGGGGAUCGCGCUUCAGUCGCUCUUGUUUCCGAGCUACGACGGCCUGUGCAACGUCUUCUCGGAUCUUCUCGAGGUUCCCACCCUGCGUUUGCCGACACUAAGCCCCGCAGAGAAAAAGGUGACAUCCCAGGGCCUCGAGGCCCUUUCCUUUCCCGGCGCCGACCCCGCCCUGGGGGCGCCGAGAGACGAGGCGGAGGCUUUGGAGAGGCGCCACCGAGCUCAGUCUCGAGAGGAGAAGGCGACGGGAGUGGACGAGCAGCGAAGGGGGAACGCUCAGACGGAAGACGCGGCUCACAGAGAAAAAGAAGAGAAGGGGAGGAAUCUGGAGGGGAGCAGUGUCGCGAGGGGCGAGGCCGAGUCGGGCGGCGGCCCCGAUGAAGAGGAAGAGCGAUUCACGAGGAGGUUGACAUGGAGAAGGCGGCGAGUCGCGGAUAGCGACGCGGAAGAUCUCGAGGGGAAAGAGACAAAGAAGAAAUGCCCGGAAGAGAAGGCCGCUGGGAGAACGGCGGAGGGGGCGGACGCCUCUGUCGAGACAUCCCGGGACUGUGGCAUGGAGGGCGAGAGUGCGUCGACCGCUCACGCGAAGCAGGAAGUUCUAGACGCUGGUGAACUUCGGAGAGAGACAGAGGGAGACAGUUCUCCGCCGUCGCAUUCGCCGAAGAACGUGAUGGUCGGUGAAGGCGUCGACAACUCUCGUUUCCCGCGAGCUUCCUUGGAGGAGCAGGAGUGGAAGAAAGAGAAGGCAGAAGAGAAGGAGAGACGAAACUGGGAGAAACCCGAGGUGAUCCAGAGCGGCUUGCCUUCAGGAGAGAGAGAAGAAGUAUGUCAGUCGGUUGGCGCGGCGGCCAGCAGGGAACAAGGACUUUCUGGGUCGCAUGCAGCACACAAAGAACCCCAGAAAGAGGCCGAGGUUUCCUGUCUUUCUUCAACAAGGGACAUGACGAGAGUCCGCGAAGCGAGAGAAGAACCGACGUUUGAAAAUCGAGGAAAGAACGACCAGACAAAGCCCGCGGAGGCAGAGGAUAGGGGAAAUGUGCGGGUCGACGAGUUCCGUCUUUCUCGGUCUCCUGAGAAUGAGUCGAGACUUCUCUCGAGUCUCCAGAAAGACCGGGAUGAGGACAAAAUCGAAGAAUCCGAGAACAGGUUAGCCGGUGCUCGGGGGACAGGCGAAUUGCGUUCGGACCCCACAUCGGCUUCUUCCUCUUCCGCCGUGAACACUGUCGCAGGGGCGGACCCAGGUAGAGAAGUGGAGAACGUUGUUGCAGAGAACUGUUCCUCACCGAGUUCGUUCCCUGGUGGCCAAGACGACACGCUCUCUUUUGUUUUGCAGGAGAGAGAGCGCAGCGAGGCGGCGGCUGUCUUAGGGAAAUCGGAAUCCGCGACAGAUGCCGUCGCCGGAGAAGGCGAGGGAAAAGAGAGGUCUAGACAGAGCCCCAAUGGGUGUGGUGCCGGAGAAGAAACGCGAGAUGACGAGAGUCGGUUGGAUCGGCAGUCUGGAAGUACCACGGAUGCGCCUCCUCUGUUUCUGCCGUCAGGUUCGUCUGACCUGCUCUCGCUCCCUCCGUCUUUGCGUCUCGGGGAAACCGCCGGCCGCUGUCUCCCUAACGGCCCCGCGCCUCCCGGCGAGGGCGUCUCCGAACCUGUGUCUUCGCGCGUCGGAAGCGUUUUGGAGGGUGGGACAGGCGCGAGGCGAGGCGAGUGUGUGUCUCACUCUCAAGCAGGGACUUCGCGAGAACAGGGUGGAGUCUCUCGGGGGGAGUCUGACACGGCAACUCCGUUUUCCAGUGGGGGCGAGACUGGGGCGUCUCACGCGGAUGAAAAGCCUCAGCGAGGCCCACACUCUUCUCUCAAUUUCUUCGCGGCUUUGGACCUCGAAGGUGGACGCACGCAGAACGCAGCACCAGGCCACAAAGGGACCCUGGCUUCUCCAACCGGAGUCGCCGCGCCAUUCGGCGACCCCCUGGAAAAUUCACCGCAGAACCUCUUUGAGGCGAACACAUCGAAGUCACCUUUUUCGCCCGAUGGCUGGGGCGAAGCGGCUUUCUUCUCUUCUGCCUCGAGUUUCAGAAGCUUCUCUUUCACUUCAGGCAAUCCCCCUGGCUCGAGUAGCGAACCUGCCGCGCCGCCACGAAAGCGCCGAGGCAGGCCGCCUCUCUCUCGCAGGUCUCAAGGCGCUACUCAUAAAGAUGCGGUCCAUCGACAAGAUCGAGACAGAGUCUCUUCCUACCUCAAAAUGGCGGCUGGAGGUGCCUUGUCUCGCGGCGGACGCUUCAGCCUUGGAGGCUCAUGUGACCGCGACAAGCGUCGGAGCCUCCACCUCGGGGGUGGUCGGGGUUCCGGAAUGAAUCUGCCGGAGCGAGGGCCUGGCGGUCGCUUUUUGCCUCGGGGGCACAGAGAAAAGAACGCACAGCAGACCCCAGUCUCCGACUCGGUUUCCACUUCGUCGUAUCAGAAACAGCGACCAGUGUCGCUCUCGGAUCCCUCUCAGGAAGGCUCCGCGGACAGACGCGACGGCGGGGACUCCGGAGGUGAGAACGAGAGUCAGGAGAAUCGCGAGCUGCAAGCCCGCGAGGAGGCGCUACACCAGCAGCGCAUGCGCUACAUGCAAAUGCUUUUCCACCUGCAAGCCUUGACGAGAGAGCGCCACCGACGGCUCUUGGGCAACGACUUUGCGCUCACGGGGCUUCUUCUGGGGUCUCCAGACCCGGCGGGGGCCUUUGACCCCGGGGCCCUCCACGCUGCGGGUCUGCCCCCCACUCCCCUACACGGGAGCUCACCGGCGACCUUCUUCGCGAGGCGGGUGGCGCGCCUCCUGGACUCUCCUGCCCCGCUAGCGAUUCGCCGCAGCUCCACGAAUGGAUCGGCAGGGACUGCAGGCGAGGAGAAGGUCCGAGGCGCGCCCGGGGGCGUCGGGCAGGCGGACACCGCGACCGUGGAGACAGGCGUCGAGGAAGGACCCUCCGGGCGAGCUGGGGCGGAGCGCGGAACAGGUGGAGCGCAGGAGGAGAACGACGAGAAAGAAGAGAAGAAGGAGAGCGUUUCUGGCGUAUCGUCCUGCGCGGCUGAUGCCAAUCCCGAUGCCGGGAACCGGGCAAAGGAGGCUCGGACAAAAGAAGCAUCUGCCUGCGUCGCCCUCGCGUCCUUUUCGUCGCCCGUGGACUACCUGCGUCUGACGACCAUCAAAGACUGGGGUUUGCCGCAGCACACUGGAGACGAGAAACUUUUCAAGUGUGCAUUUGAAGAAACGAAGGCGGCCAACGUGCUUGGCAUCGAAACCUAUGACCGUUUCCUCGCGCGCCAGGGUGUCCAGAGUGUGGCGCGUCUCCUCGACGCCGUCGUGGAUCUCCUUCUUUUCUUCAUCCUUCGCGGAGUUUGCUGCGCAGGGCCCUCGCCCGCGCUUCUCGCAGCUUUGAGCGAGGGGAAAAGCCUUCCCCAAUCCAGGGUGCCCGGAGGCUUCGUCUUCCCUCUCGCUCUGCAGCUGGCCGGGGGUUCUCCCGCCGGCGGCCAGAAGGCGAAGCGAGCAGAAGGGCCAGGAGGGAGCGAGAGACUCUGCGAGGCCGAAGAGGAGACCGAGGACUCGCAGCGAGAAGGGAAGACGCCCUCCGCUCCUCUUGCGUCCAGCGAGGAAGAACCGCUGUACGCGUUGAUCGACACUGUGCGCCAACUGGGCCAGGUCGCCGAGCUGGAUUUCAAAACAGGGACAGACGCCAUCCAGAAGGAAGAAGGCGCGAAGAAGCAGCUUGCUGUUAAGCGGGAGGCGAGUGAGAGACAGGAGACAGACUCGGGAGACAACGAGCCUUCGCCUCAGUCCGACGCGUCGAUCCAGGCUUUUCUGGAUAGAGUCCGGAAGUUCAACAAACAGCAGGAGGACUACAUCAUGGUCUGUUCCAUUUGUGGGGCGCUGGGGAAGAACAGUCGCGCUGCGAAGGCGGGCGCCUCCUCGCCUGCCCCCGAGUCGCCUUCCGGAGGGUCUUCUUCCGAGACCCCAAGCAGCGGCAUGGGGGCGCUUCUGUGCAGUUCGUUCUCACGCGCAUGCGCGGCGUCGGCUGUCGACCUUCUGACUUGUCGGUGCUGCAACGUACGUGUCUGUCGCGCCUGCUGGAACCAGACAGGGAAAGACGCGCCGCCGUCCUUCGCUGUCUCCUAUCUCUCGGGAUCUCUCCCAGGGGCGAAGGCCUCCUGUCCCCAGGGCUCUGCGAGCGCGGGACCCUCGUCGUCAGCCUUCAUCUACUCGAGGUACGGCGGGAGCUACAACAGCGAAGCGGCAGCACGGGCAGGACGACUUCAGCGCAGACGAGCGUGGAAGGCGACGGAGGAAGACGAAACGGAGGAGGAGGACAUAGACGAGGGGAAGGGCGCUGGGGGGCUCCUGGCGCGACGCGAGAGCCGCGGCGCGAAGGACGGCGCUGGCUUCGGGCGCCGGGAGCGCGAGAGGGAAGAGAAGGUCGAGGAAGAAGGCGUGGACAAGGGAGGAAAGGCGGGGACAGUUGAGGGAGAGCAGGAUGGUUCGCGGAAACGAGGACAGUCCUCCGACCGGGAGGAGCCGAGUGUGGGGACUGACGACGACGAAGACGAGGACGAACUCGACGAGAUGAAGAAGCGACGAAGCCGGACGAAGCAGGAGAAGAAUGCGAUUGCCACACGGCGGCGCCAGACCUCCGCAGAACGCGACAGGGAACAAGAGAUGCAAGAAAGACUCCGGGAAGAGGACGAAACAGACUGGACCUGCCUCAGAUGCGCGGCAGUUCUCAACGUUGGCACUCCCUUUCCCUCCACCCGCUGCAUCCUCUGCUCGCGCAUUGACGGCCUCCUUGUUCGGCGAAUCCCCGAAGAUACGCCAAGCCUGUCAAAUAAAAAAUCCGGAGCAAACAGCGCGAGUUGCUCCGGCUCCUCGACGGGGCGCCAGACUUCGCAGAGCGCGUCGCAUGCACACCCAGCUGAUCCUCCGCCUGAUCGAAAAGAAGAACAGUGGGUGCAUUGGCUAUGUGCCGAGUGGCUGGUUCCCAGUCGCCUUGCCGCGACCGCCUCUGAGAAUAUCCGAAGCAUUCCUAAGCUGGCUUUCGAGAAACCUUGUCUUUACUGCGGCAUCCAGCAAGGAGCGACGCUGGGCUGUUGUUCCAACGGAUUCCGUUGCUCGGCGAGCUUCCACGUUUCCUGCGCUCGACAACUGGGUUGUCGCAUGGAGACCCAGCGACGGUCCCUCGACCAGCAGAUCCAUCGCGCCUACUGUUUAGAGCACACGACGCAGAUGAAUCGAAAGCUUUUGCAGCAGCGCCUGGCCUCUCACAAGCCUUUCGCCUUCCCACAACGCAAAGACACUUUGGAUUUGAAUCGAUUCUUCGACCCCCUUCAGCUCCUUAUUGCCGACCCUAUUCGCUCGAUCACGUCGCUCUUCUUGGUUGGCAUCCAUCUGGAGCGCCUGGCGCCUCCGUCUCUUACUUCGUUCGCUGCAUUCAUGAGGCCUUCGUCUCUGCGGCUGUCGUCCGCGGAAGGCGGGAAGCAGGGUGAGAAGGAGAAGCGAUGUCGCGAGGCCUUUGGAGCCCGAGGUGCUCUGCACACCAGCGGCCGUGUCGACGAACAGAGGGCGAGGUACCUGAAGACGGGGACUCACAGACCAGAGGAGACCGGCAGUGUCUCGUGGAACGCCUUCGACGAGAACGACGCGUUCUUCGAGGCUGUGCGCGAGAGGAAGAAGCAACGCCACGGCCGACGCGAAGAGGGCGUCGGAGACAGGACGCGAACCGGCGCCUCCGCCUGGUCUGAAGGGGAGCGCGAGGGAAGGCGAGAGAGAGGCCUCGAGAGCGGGGACGACUACGCGGCAUCCUCUGCAUGCGAUCCGCUCCUUACUCCAGGACCUCCGAGCCCACUGCACCUGGAAGAACAGAGAGAACUGUACUGCACAGGGGUCGCCAUCUGCGAUGCGCUGUACACGCAGAGUCGCGCCUUCGAAGAAGAAGCCUUGAACCUCCCCUCGCCGUCGCGUUCAGAAGUCGACGCCGCGCGGGCCUUGUACUGCGUCUCCGAGCCGGCGUCGCCGGACUUGAGGGACCGACAGAGAUGGACCUCUGCGUUCGAAGUCACAGACGGCUUGAUGGACGACGAAAACGAGAAGACGACAGCGGGUCGAACCAGUAGUGGCAGCACGAGUCUCGAGCGAGGCCGAGGCGUUGCUUGGGAGUCCGGAUCGAAGCGCCGGCGCGUGUCUCUGUCAAGCGGGUCGGGAGGGCCUCCGUACUUUUCUGGAGACGCGCUUUCCUCCGUUAAGGACAGAGUCCCGCCGUCGUGCCUCACUCGCAGUGGCCUGCGGUCAUCGCUGGUCUCCGCCGCGCAUGCAUCGCAUUUUUUCGACGCUGGAGAAGACCGAGGAAACCAACUCGUGACGCCGCUGGAGUCCCAGAAACGCGUGAUCGAUCCUGCGCGCUUGACUUGGUCGCCUCAGGAGUCUGUUCGGCGCCCGAGCUUCGUCGCGCGCGCUGGGCUCGACGGCGCCGUCUGUCUCCACGACGGCGGGGAGGCGUUGCCGGCGCCUGCUCUCACGCUUUCGGCAGAAGACUCCGAGGCGCCGACCGAAGAGAAGAGACAGUCUCGGGACACAGGCAAGGCUCUGAAAUUCACACAGGAUGCAGGAAACGAGUCAAGCGAGAAAGAGAGCCGGUUUUCUCCCGACCAGUCUCUCCCGCACUCGGACGCCGAAAGCUCCGGUGCAAAUGCCUGGGGGGUGAGUCCCUCGCCGGCCCUGCCGUCGGACGGAGACAGCUCCGGCCCAAGGGCGACAGCGUCGCAGACCGUCUCCGCCGUGUCUUGCGACUCCGAGUCGAUCGUCUUGCCUCCGUACCUCUUGCGAGGAACUGCAGUGGAUCUCCCGUCUUUGACCGAAGACGUCUCUCCAGCCGCUUCUGCGAGCGCAGUUCUCGCCAGCGAGAGUUGGUAUCGAGGCAUCAGCGCAGCGGCGUCGAUGGCAGUCGCCCAUGCCGUUCAGGCGGUGUCGUCUCGGGGGGAUCUCGACGCGGACGAGGCAGAGGGUGCGGCUCGCGAGAGAGAAGAGAAGCAGAAUGGCGAGUCGUUCGACGUCCUGGCGAACCUGCACAUAGGAUCUCCUGGACAAGUUCAGGGCGAAAAACAACCUAUCUUCUGCCCCAUCUGCAAAGGCAUGUACAACGAGUUGCCGGACGGAGGCCCAGGCGACGGAUUCGCGUGGGUCGGAUGCGACUGCUGCGAGCGCUGGUAUCACUGGACGUGCUCGGGCUUCAACGAAGAGAAUCCCCCGCCAGACGACUGCGACUGGAUUUGCUGGUUCUGUACCGUCAAGAUUCGCAAGAAGGAAGAACAGGAGAGAGAGAGACAGGCGCAUGGCCUGCAGGUCAAGGAUAAACAUCGAUCAGGGAUAAAACACUCCCGGUCGCGCCCGCCGCCCAGAAAACGAGAUCGAUCGUAA